AUGCACGCGUUUUGUGGUCGGGGCAUCGGAGAGGAAGGCUACGGACAGCAGAGAGAGUGCUCGGAUUGCCAGAAGAGCAAAGGUGGAGACCAGGCUGGCAGCAGCAGCAGUCCCAUGGAAGUGGUCAAGAAGAUGUCCUUGCCGGAGAGUGCCAAGGACUUGGACGCUAGGUCCAUGCCGCGAGUGUUGUCGGACAACUUGUUCGUCGAGAGCACCUCCGGCCUCACUGAACAAGAAGUGCGGAGCGCAGUGAGCACGUGGCUUCGUGUAGAGGACAAUGAAGAGGUCUUGAGGGAAGAAGUAGAACUCGAGAUGGAAGAGGUAACGGAGAACAUGUCAAGAGUACACGUCGAAGACGACGUGUCCAGUGAAGAGGAAGACCAGGACGGUAGGCAAGAGUCGUGCAUGACAUCUACGAUUUCAGAGGCCGAGGUUCGCUCUCGUCUCGAGGAUGUCCGCUCCUAUUUGUACGCGAACGGAAGAGACGGCGAGUACAGCGAAACGGUGUACCUUCUUUCGAAGACUGUGCAUUCGUUCACUCAUGAAACUCAAGUCAAGCGAAGAACGAAGGAGGGGGGUGAGGUGCAGGCGACUCUUCGGGAUGUGUGGGCGACGUAGUUUUUGGUGUUUGAGGACAACACACUUGGCAGCCCACAUUCAUUGUUUGGGAUUUUUUUGCCUUUCUCGUGGAGUUAAAUUUUGGCAUUUUUUGUUUUGUGUUUUUGCCUCGUGUUGACCUUUGGGGAAGAGCGGUGUUCUCUUUUCGGUGGGUUUGCCCGAUUUUUUGUAUGUUGUGGUCUGCGCUACCGACCGUUUCCUAGUGUCCCUCAGAUCCCUCUAAGGGGUCGACUGGGUUUGUUUGGUCCCUAUGUGGCAGGUAACUUGCGUGUAUCGUAU